AUGAAAGAAGCCGCGUACCACUCCCUCCAGGCGCGCGGUGACUACGACCCUUUCCAUCUCAAGGCAGGUAAGGGUGCCGGAGUGCCUAAUACGUUCUUCGGCCUCGAUGACACUGUCUACAAACAGGCAGACAAGAUGAUGAAUAACAAUAAAGGAAAGAUCGGGGGCAGCUGCACUGACUGCGUUGGAUGUAUCGACGAUCCCGAAGAAGACAUGUGCUGUGGCUGCGUUUGCAUGGACUGCGUGUAUGGCUACAGUGAUCUAAAGAACUGUGAUUCAUGCGAUGAUAUUCCGUCCGGUACAUGGCCGUGGGUUGAUUAUGUGGACAUCAGCAUCAACAAGCGAGAGGACGCCGAGGGUACCAGUGAGGAUGUCCAGCCUUCUCAUCAUCAUGGAGUCUCCCAUGGACAUCAUGGUCAUUCUCAUCUGCACCGACGAGUGAGCGGUGAGGCCACCCUCUCCGUGAAGAAAGUCACCGUAUGCGACGAUUACAAGUGGUGGGUUGACGGGGUUGGUCGAUACCCUGCCUUCCCCAAGGACGCGCAGAAUCCCUGGGAUGGCAUCGAGAACGGGAAGUGGGAUUCGAUCUCGCGGUACUGGGGAAACAGCUCGGAGUCCUGCACCAGUUGGGCUGUUUCCCAAAACCCCGUGGCGGAUAAAGUGUGGGUGGGACCUUCUCUUCUGAACCCUCUUGGGAGCAUGGAGAGAGCCCAGUAUCAGACCGAGCAUGUCUUUGAGGGGCAACUGAUUGGUGACUUUUUCACCUAUUGGCUUGAUCAGGGCAAGGCGAGUGCUCAAGCCGCGAAGACGAGCACGGCCAAAAUUUCUUGCUCGGAUAUCAAGGAUCUGUUUACGACAUCUAGUAGCGCUUUCCCAUGGAAGAUUGGCAUCACGAAAGUGCCAUUUAUUGAAAAAAUGCUUUAUGAGCUUGGCAAUAUCGGUCAUCUUGACCGGCUGACUAUUUUCAUGGGCCGACCCAACCUGAGAAAAGGCAUUCUCUUCUCCGGGAAAUCGAACGAUAUAGACGUUUUCAAAAGAAUGACGGCCGAUCAACAGGUCCUUUCGGCUAAAGAGCUUGGAAUGGUCUUCAACUACAUGAACGAACCGGACGUUUGGAGCAAAUUCUGCGCCACUUACGAGGGCAUCUACGACCUUCUGGGUCAGUGGCAGACUUACUACAACAACAACCCCAACGCUCCUCUGCCCCAAGGCCUGAACCUUCCUGACCUCCAAGAUGAGUGGAAGACUUACAUCAACACUGCGCUCGAUCAAUCAGAUGCAUACCUGGUCAACUGUCACCAACCCACAAUGGGUUGCUAG